CACAAACUUUGUCAACAACAUCAUCAUCAUCUACUCAUAUUAUCCAAUCUUCUUGAAAUUCAGAGCUUAAUUCAGCUAUGGAUCCAACUUUCACUAGGUUUUCACCUAUGGAUUACUCGCCGCAAUCCUCCUUUGGCUCGCAACCGGAGUCAUUCGUGUCGUACGGGACGGAUUUUGACCUUAGCGACCUCCCGUUCGACUUCAAUGACUCCGAAGAAAUGUUACUCUUCGGCAUUUUAUCAGGAACUCCUCCGCAAAAUAAUAAUUCCUGUGUGGUCAAAGAAGAGGAGGUCAGUUCCAGUUCGGGUUCGGGUUCGGGUUCGAGUCUGAAGCUCGAAGAAGCAAAAAAGGAAAAGGCUUAUCGAGGUGUUAGAAGACGGCCUUGGGGGAAAUUUGCUGCGGAAAUAAGGGAUUCGACGAGAAAUGGGAUUCGGGUUUGGCUAGGAACAUUCGACGAUGCUGAAACGGCUGCUAUGGCCUAUGAUCAAGCCGCAUUUUCGAUGCGGGGCUCGAUGGCCAUCCUGAAUUUUCCCGUGGAGAGAGUGAAGGAGUCACUCAAGGAGAUGAAAUGUGGCCUCGAAGAGGGUUGCUCGCCUGUGGUGGCAUUGAAGAAAAAACAUUCGAUGAGGCGAAAAUCGGUGAGUCGAAAAAUAAAAAAGAAAGAUAAUCAAAUGGAGAAUGUGGUGGUUCUUGAGGAUUUGGGUGCAGAGUAUUUGGAAGAAUUGUUGAGUUCUUCCGAAAGUGUUGGGUUUUGGUGAGUAUGAAGAAUAAGAGUCUCGAAUUGCAAGCAAAUAGUGUCGAGUUUCGAAUAUUUUAGUUCGUUUCUAUAUUAUCUGAUUUAUGAUUAUGAUAUCUUUGUUUAUUUGUAUUUAGUAUCUUAUCCAAUAUGUUUAUUUACCUCGUCUUUGCUCUUCAAUUCAAAGUUGUUCUUGUUCUGCUA